GAAGCCCGAAAACAAGCAGCACAGAUCAGGUGCACUCAACCAGUGGUUCCCAAAGCGGCUGCCUUGAGGAUCAGCCGCGUCCAGCAGCUGUCGGUGAGGACAGAAGAGGUUCCCCCUGAGCAGCGGGAGUGGAGCCCCAGUCUGGACCAGGACCCAGAGCUGCCACACAUUAAAGAGGAGCAGGAGGAGCUCUGGACCAGUCAGGAGGGAGAGCAGCUUCGAGGGCUGGAGGAGGCCGAUAUCACCGAGUUCACAUUCGCUCCUGUGAAGAGUGAAGAAGAUGAUGAUGAAGAGAAACCUCAGUCCUCGCAGCUUCAUCAAAGCCAAACCGAAGAGAACAGAGAUGCAGAGCAAUUGAAAACAGAAGCUGAUGGAGAGGAUUGUGGAGGACCAGAACCAGCCAGGAACUUUAAUCCAGAUAAUCAUUUACAACCAGACAUCAUUAAGACUUCACACUCUUCUGAAUCUGAGACUGAAGACAGUGAUGGUGAUAAUUGGAAGGACACCAGGGAACCUGAAUCAGAAUUAAACACUCUGAACAGUAAUGAAGUCGUUCUGAAUAAUAUGGGGUGUAAUUCUGCAGCUAAAUCAUACAGCUGCUCAGAGUGUGGUAGAAUAUUUGGCCAGAGGGGGACUCUGCAGAGACACGUGAGGCGUCACACAGGAGAGAAACCAUUUAGUUGCUCGGAUUGUGGUAAAAACUUCACACAGAGCGGACCUUUGGUGCUCCACCUCCGAGUUCAUACAGGAGAGAAGCCGUUCACCUGCUCAGUUUGUAACGCAAGUUUCAGCCAGAAGGGGGCGCUGGAGCAGCACACGAGAAUCCAUACUGGGGAGAAACCGUUUAUUUGCUCAAUCUGUGGUAAACAAUUGACUCGGUACCAUCACUUAAUUGGUCACAUGAGAUGCCAUUCGGGAGAAAAGCCUUUCAGCUGCUCAGUUUGUAAUAAGCAAUUCCGAUGGAGCGGAGAUGUUGCGUCACACAUGAGAAUCCACACGGGGGAGAAACCUCAUGGCUGCUCAGUGUGUGGUCGACGAUUUACGCAGCGUUCAUCACUGUUUACACACUCGAAGAGUCAUAACGAAGAGAGACCACUCAGCUGCUUAGUUUGUAACAGAAGAUUUCAUCUUAAAACAACAUUAGUAAAUCACAUGCGAACGCAUACUGGGGAGAAACCUUACAACUGCACAGUUUGUGGGAAAGGAUUUAGUCAAAUUGGCGCCAUGAACAGACACACGAGAAUCCACACUGGAGAGAAACCAUUCAGUUGUGAUGUUUGUGGGAAAAGAUUUAGACAACAGACGCAUGUCAGAAGUCAUAAGUGUGUUGUUCAGAGCAGCAGCAGCACGUAAGGCUGAGCCCUGACAGCUGGUUCUGGUUUUGCAUCUUGUUCCAGGUUGGCAGAAGCUCGAAAGCUAAUUGUAUCCAGUGGGUUUGUCCGUCCGUCCGUCCACCACUUUUGUCCAGACUGAAAUAUCUCAACAACUACUGGAUGGACUACCAUGAAAUGUUGUACAUGCACUUAUCCUGUGAAGUCUCUGUACAUCAGCUUGAUGGUUUGUCACAAAAAUUGGAAGAGACAUUCCUGGUCCCCAGAGGAUGAAUCCUCAUCACUUUGGUGAUCCCCUGACUUUUCCUGUGUUGCCACCAUGAGGUUGACAUUUGUGGUUUUGAGUGAAAUGUCUCAAAAACUGUUGGAUGGAUUGCCAUGAAAUGUGGUUCACACAAUCAUGCCCCCGGAUAAUUUGCAAUAACUUUGGUGACUUGUCAUCCAGCACCAUCAUCAGGUCAAAAUUUUAAUAGUGACGGUCAUGACAUUCCCCUCAGCUCUACUCUGUGUUUAGUGCUAAUUAGUAAAUGCUAGCAUGCUAACACGCUACACUUUAAGAUGCUGAAAAUGUUAAACAUUAUACCUGCUGAUCAUGUUAGCGUGCUGACGUUAUCAUUAAGCUCAAGGAGCUGCUAACAUAGCUGUAGACAUAGUCUGGAUUAGGAGCACAGAGAAAUGUACAGAACAUUAACGCAGCAGGCUUCUCAUUUUUAGCCAGUGCUGACCGUCGCCUGUGCCAGCUGAAAUGUACAAAUGUAAAGAUUGUUUGUUAGAGAAAGAAACACCACACUGUAACAACGCUACGAUCAUGAGUGGACUGUGUGUUUUCGAAGUUCAACAGACCAACAAAGUGGUGAAAUUGGCUGAUUGUCAGUUUGUGUAGUUGAAAAGUUAAACAUUUUAAUGCAUACCUUUUUCAAUGUAAGCUGAUCAGCUCAACAGGUAAUAGUUUUGAACCGGGACCUUCAGUAUUUGGAGAAUAAAAUAACGUGUUCGAAAGUAAGCAAGCUGCUACUUCAUUAUGUCAGACUCAUUUAAUCUUUGCUCAUCUCACAGGUUGUGAAAGUAAGUAUGCUUCUACAUAGGCAAAGUCAAACUAUGUUAGAAUUUGGGAUUCGAAGACUUGAACACAAUGUCUUGUUUGUGUCCUAUUUCAGAUUUUGCUUCUGGCCUUUAGGGCUUCUGUGAGCUUUUCUGUCAUUUCAUAAGCUUACGCCAGUUUUGUCCGUCAGUGGGGAUAUGGGACGGGAACCUCCAAACGUCAGACAGAAAUGUGAGAUGAUCUGACUUUGGGACACACAUGGCUCAGUAUGUAGCUCUUUAACUAGGACAUCUCUGGUUGAAAUCUUCCUUUACUUUUGAAUUGUAAAAGAUUACAGUGUAACAUUCAGCUCAAAUUGUUCUUUAGAUGGUCUGUUGAUGUUUGGUAGAAACCUAAAUUACAGAUUAAGGGCUACAUUUUUUUUUAGUGAAAUGUCUGAUGAGUUCUGAUUGGGUGAUUGUGAAAACUUGAGUUGUGUUGUAGGAACGUAACCUUUUUGAAACAGGUUUUAUUCAUGGAGCCUGGGAUGGGAUGUAAUGUAACGUUUCAUGUAAGAAGUUCUGUUCUUAUCUUGUCUGUACAAAUGUUUCACCACUGCAACAGUAUUUUGGUUUCUUAUAAGUCCAUGUGGGCUGGGCGCAAUAAAUAAUAUUCUAACUGUA